UAUGAAACAUAUCCAUCGACUUUGACUGCUUUUCCUGAUACUCUCCUUGGUACAAUGUUUCAGGAACGUAAUAGAUCAAUGCUUCAUCCUAGGAAUGGUAACGAAUACUUUAUUGAUAGAAAUGGCUAUGCAUUUCGAUAUAUUCUUGAAUUUUAUCGUAAUGGUAAAAUAUUAUGGAGUGAACGAUCAGAUAAAAACACCGUUUCUGUCACCAGAGAAGAAUUAGAUCAAGAAAUUGAUUAUUUUCAAAUACCUAUUAAAGAUGUUUCAUUGACUUCAGGUGAAAAAACUGUAGCUGCUAAAGUUGAUGCAUUU